AUGACUGCUACCGGAGUGAACAUCCUCACCAACUACGUGGCAUACCUGGAACCCAAAAAUGGGCCCCGAAUCGGCCAUCUCGACUUCGAGACCUCGACUAUCACACCCCUGUCGUUCAAGUCCGGCACACCUUUGACGGAUCUUUACCAAGUGAUCACUGUCGGCGAGGAUGGGAUUAUAGCUUCAGGUGCUCAGUCUUUGCCUUUGUCAAGCGUGAAACAUCUGCCCCCCAUUUCGGGCCGAGAUGUACUCGCCGUCGGGAAGAACUACGUCGAACAUGCUCGCGAAUUCAAUUCCUCAGGAUACGAUGCGAGUGACAAGGUUGAUCAGCCGACGCACCCUGUUAUUUUCACCAAGCGCGCGACUUCCAUUAUCGGGCCCCAGGACGAGAUCCUUCUGCAUCCAACCUUUACAGAGACCGUCGACUACGAGGGAGAGAUUGGCGUUAUCUUUGGGAAGACGGGUUUCCAAAUUCCAGAAGAGAACGCGAUGGACUACGUGUGGGGCUAUACGAUUAUAAAUGAUGUGACUGCACGGGAACGCCAGCGCGAUCAUAAACAAUUCUUUCUCGGCAAAUCGCCUGAUACUUUCUGCCCAAUUGGCCCAGUUGCGGUUCCCAAAGAGAAUCUGCCAGCAAACCUGAGGGUCCAGACCUUCGUCAAUAAAGAGAAGCGUCAGGAGGCUACCCUCAAUGACCUGAUUUUCAGCAUUCCCAAGCUCAUUGCCACCAUCAGUGCGGCGCAGACAUUACAAGUUGGUGACGUCCUCGCUACUGGCACUCCAGCCGGCGUUGGCUUUGGGUUCAGACCGAUGAAGUUUCUAAAGACUGGUGACGAGAUCAGCAUUUCGGUCACAGGAUUGGGGACUUUGACGAACCGGAUUGCUACCUCUAACGCGGUCAAUACGACCUCUGAGCGUGCCGAGUCUCACAUUCCCGUAGCCAACCAAAAAGCCCCGUCCAACUCGGGACUGACCAACAUCAAUGGGAAAUAUCUUUUCUACCAACGCUUGGGUGUUGAGAACGGACCCCCAAUUUUCUUCAUCCAUGGGCUGGGAGGAUCCUCAAAUUACUUCUAUCCGCUUAUCACAAAGUUGCAGUCAACACACUCCUUGCAUCUCUUGGAUCUAGAAGGACAUGGCCUCUCACCAACAUCAGCUCUCAGCUCUCUUUCUAUCGGAUCCUUUGCACAGGAUUUCUAUCAUAUGUCGCAAGUCGCAGGCGUUAACCAGGAUGUGACCGUGAUCGCCCAUUCAAUGGGCUGUCUAGUCGCUCUCAAGCUCGCGCUAAACCAUCCCGAGCUUGUCUCCAAGCUUAUCCUUAUGGGUCCUCCCCCGAAUCCACUCCCGGAAGCAGCUGCUCAAGGCUCGUAUGCCCGGGCCGCGCUCGUUAGGAAGGAGGGAAUGUUAGGUGUUGUCGACGCAGUUACCGCGGCCGGAACAUCGACCUAUGUUCAGCAGAACAGACCGUUGGCCGUCGCCGCAGUUCGUAUAUCCCUUCUCAGUCAGGAUGCAGAGGGGUAUGCAAAAGCUUGUGCAGCACUUGCUGGAUCUGCAGCCGACAUUUUGUAUGUGGCCCGUCUUCGCAUUCCCGUUUCUUUCGUGACCGGUGAGGAGGAUAAGGUCAGUCCCCCGGCUUUAUGUCAGAAAUACUCCCAGGCGACUGGAGAUGGACACGUUGAGGUGCUUCAGAAUGUUGCACACUGGCACUUGUUUGAGGAUGAGGAUCGGGUUGUUCAGGCGGUCCUGGCGCAUAUUUGA